AUGGUGCUGCUGGGGAGGGCCUCAGGAGAGCACCUGUGGGGGCCUGCGGGGGCUGGGGGGCUGCAGGCCUUGGACCUGUACCUGCAGGCCCCAGAGGGCCAAGGAGCACCGCGCGGGGGCUGCUUGGAGGAUCUGGGGCCUGCAGAUCAGCGGGGCGCCGACAGCAGAGAGCAUUCCCAGCUCUCGUCCUCUGAGGACCGCCCUGGAGGGCCACACCGGGCCGAGCCCGGGGACUCGGGCCUGAAGCCCUGGGGUGGCAGGCAUUUGGGCGCGUGCGGAGGCAGAGGCCAGAGAGGGUACGCGACUUGCUCAAGGCUACGCACACAGCCAGGCAGAAGCGGCGGCCCCUGCUCCGUGGGGGAGCCGGCGCUGCUCCAGGCCGCGAUCCCGCCGCAAGGGGCGCCCCGCCGCCGGCACCCCGCCGGAAACGACGUGCGCCCGCGGACCUCGUCCCAGGGGCCGGCGCGCAGCGAUGAGUCAGCCAGACCAGUCCGGCAAGCCGACCCGUCCUCCGCGGCCGGCACUCCGCCUGAGACCCGGUUGCCAGGCAGUAAGGCACAACAUAUACAAAUAAACGCGAUCUCUGGCUGUGGGAGUGGGGCCCGGCCCCCGCGCGCGCUUUCCGCGUCUCCCCUCCGCCCCUCAGCAGGCCCUGCUACGGGGGCAGCCGGCUUGGCGUCGGGCUGGAGGGGCGCGCUCCGCGGAGCCGGCCGCCGGGCUGGACCCUCACCCGGGCGCCGACAGGGCGUGCCCCCUCCGCCCCACCCGAGCCAAUCCGAGGCCGGCGGAGGCCGCCCCCCGGCGCGGGAGCGCACGCCCGCUUCCCAGGGCCGGGAGGGGCGGGGACCUCAGUCGGAGGACCCCCCGGGCACCUCUCCGCGCGCCUGCGCUUUUCCGCCUCGCAUUGCCUCGUCCUCAGUGGAGCUGCAGGCCUUCUUGAGAGCCCUUGCUUGCACACUUGUUCUGCUCAUGCCGGGGACCGAGCCCAUGGUAACGGCUUGUUAUUUAGGACUCCUCUGGUAGGCCCUGAAACUUGGGGACUGCGUAGGUAUCAUCCUAUUAACCCUCACAAUGGCACUGUAAUGUAUUAAUUUUUAUCAACUUUGUUAGGCUUAAUUUACAUACAACAAAAUUCACCAAAUUUAUGUGUACAAUGAGUUCUGACACAAGUACACACUCCUCUAGCCACGACGUUCCUGACAGAACAUCUCCCUCACCCUGCUGCAGAGAGUCCUGCACGCUUGGCCCCCGGCAGCCACUGACCGCUGGUUUUACUUUUCUCAGACGUUUCUGUAGGUCUAAAAUCACAUAUUACAUAUAGUCUUUGGCUUCUUUCACUUGGCAAAUGCUUUUGAAAUCCAUCCGUUAUCAUUGGUUUGUUGCUUUCUUUGCUAACCAGUUGAAUAUUUGGUUUGUUUCCAGUUUGAGGUUAUUAUGAGAAAAGCAGCUAUGAAUGUACAGGGACAAGUCUGUGUAGACACGUUUUUCUUUUCUCUUAAGGAAAUACUCAGCAGUGGAAUGGUUGGUUCAUUCAAUAGGUUUUAUCUCCAAUUUUCAAAUGAAAAGAUUGAAGCCCAGGUGGUCACCCAUAGGACUAUGUAUUUUUGAGUUAAGUGCCCUUCGUUGUUCAGUGGUCACUGUCGUAAUGUGUACAUGGGCUGAAUUUCGGUGUGUCAGGUUCAUAGCUGCAUAAGUACACAGACACUGCCCACAGGGUCGCAGGUCAUUCUUUGAAGGCAUUUCAGCAGGUUGACUUCUGGAAGCCCAAAGUGCCAGGUCUGCAGGGUUUGGGACUGCUUCCUUUCAGUAAAGGUGGUGUUUGCCAGGCCUGCACUGUAAAGUUAUUACUUUCCCUUUGUAAUUAGUAAUGUGACAGGAGAGACUUUAGAGAGUUAAGUAUCCUGUUCCUCACCAAGCCCUCACCCACUGGUUUAAUAUCCACUGUGCAUUUCCUAACACCUCCCCUCCCCCAUCUCUUCAUUGGCAUUCUCCUGCUGGGGAGGGAGCGCCUUCCUUUCUUCCUCAUUUGUGUUUAUAUCAGUAUGCCUCCUGGACUGUUUUAUUAUAUGGGAUAUAACCCAUGAAUAUUAUUGGUUUAAUGUUCAACAAGUUGAUCCCUCUGUCAACACGGUGAACCAGGUGAUUUUCUGAGCACUUCCUUACCCUGUGGUGUAAGACUUUCCACUCUAGUACCGCUGCGUCGGCCCCAGGCCCUUUUAGUGGAGAAUGCCUCAGAGACCCAGACCGGAAGGCCGGGCAUCCUUGUUCCUUGGAUGCUGACUUCUAGGCCCCCUCAGGCUGCAGAUUUUAGGCAGCAGGGUUAGAUGAAAGGCAGGCCAUGAGAGCAGACUUGUUAGCAAGGUCUCAGCAAAAUCAGGCAGCAGCCUGGUGCCAGUUCACUGGGUGAGGGAACCCAGGCCAGGCCGACCAGGAGUGCAGUUUCUCUGUUAAGAAAAGUCUUUACAAACUUCAUAAAUUUAUAAAGCUGCUGGGAGGUGUCAUGUCUUCCGGCUCUUCUCUUUUUUGGCAGUAAUUACUUCUGGGGCAGAGGAUGUGAGGCUGACUCUCAAGGAUACAGAGCGGGAGGAGGCACAGCAGGGGAAAGAGGGUCUCAAGGGCUCUAAAGAUUGUGUCUCUGUGGUGACAGGAAGCUGCACAGAUUUAUCCUGGCACACACCCUGUGCUGUGCUCAAGGCUGGUCACUGGAGUGAACUCCAGGAAUUAAGAGGUGGUGACUGAUAACAUGGCCCAGUCUCAGAAUUGGUCUCCCUGAAAAUAUUUCAGUCCUCUGGCCGUGUUUGGGUGCCCUCUGCUCUGGAGGGCUUGCUGGGAAUGGCAGUGCCUGCCUCUUGUGGGCAGCAGGUGGGAGCAAGUGUCAUGUUCUCAAUGGCUUUCAUGUGCCCUACCCUGCUGGUUUCCGCCCCAGUGCUGGGGCAGGCAGCCUUUCUCUGUCUUCCAGAUGAGGACAUGGUGAGCUAGGCUGAGAAGAGCCGACGGCAACCUCUGCCAACUCUAGUGUUCUCUGUGGUUCAGACUGGGCAGAGCUAGCAGGCUCAGUGGUGGCAGGACGGCCAAAGGGAACCUCCUGAGACUGAAAAGCCUCAGCUGUCGGGAGGAACCACGGGCUAGAGGCACUGAACCCUGCCCCACUCAGCUUCCACGAGUCUGGCCCAGGAUAAAGACCCAGGCCUCUAGAUGGAGAAAAGCUGCCAGCCCUUGUGACUUAAUCGUAGGAACCAGCUGUGAAGGAGCCACCUCCUUCUGGGUUGAGGGGUAGGAUGUGCCAGAAGGAUGGGGAUGACUGUGGGUAAAAUUGUAAUAUUUCCAGAAUAUCUCGCCUGCCUUUGGUACAUCUGCAUAUCAAUAAGCGUUCAGAGGUGGAAAAAAGUAUGACUUUAAUACUUUCGCAUCAUUCCUCAGGGGUGGAGAGAAGUUCAUCUCCAUAUUAAUGGCUAAUUACCUGGGCAAUGGAGGAUGUGAGACGUGAGGAGUGGUGCUGGUUUUGCUUCUGCCAGAGCAGGAAAGAGGGAAGGGCCCGGACUGCAGUUUGUAAGCAAUAAACGGGUUUUAAACUUUAUUUCUCCCUUUGACUGAUUUCAGUUUUUAGAGGUAUUUUGCGACAGGAUUUCCUCUCCCCGGACUUACAUCUGGUGUAGUUGGCAGGGUUUCUCUGAACCUGGAAAUCCAUUAUAAUGGGUGCGACCUUUGGGAGGGCCACCCCUAUAAAUGAUGGGGAGAGUGGUGCUCAUGCUGAGGGACAUGUGUCUACACUCGUGUGGUCGUGGAGGUCCCACCACCACUGCUGGCCGUGCCUCCCCAGCCCAUGGUUGGAGCCUAAGGCUACUGCUUCUGCCACUGUUGCUGCUCCACCUGCUGCUGGAGCCUGGUCACCACUAUGGAAAGGAGCAGAGGUCCGGGUCACCUUGACAGAGAAGCAACUGGCUGCUGUGUACCACACCUUGCUGGCUACGGAGCCCACUGCCGGAACGGCUCCGACCAAGGGAAUAAUGAAGCAGA